AUGUCUGUACCAUUAUCUGUACCAGUGUGUAUACUAGUAUCUGUAUCAGUAUCUGUACCAGUGUCUGUACUAGUAGCUGUACCAGGGUGUGUACCAUUAUCUGUACCAGUAUCUGUACCAGUAUCUGUACCAGUAUCUGUACCAGUAUCUGUACCAGAAUCUGUACCAGGGUGUGUACCAGUAUCUGUACCAGAGUCUGUACCAGAAUCUGUACCAGGGUGUGUACCAGUAUCUGUACCAGUAUCUGUACCAGAGUCUGUACCAGUAUCUGUACCAGUUUAUGUACCAGAAUCUGUACCAGGGUGUGUACCAGUAUCUGUACCAGUGACUGUACCAGUGUCUGUACCAGUGUCUGUACCAGUGACUGUACCAGUGACUGUACCAGUGACUGUACCAAUAUCUGUACCAGUGACUGUACCAGUGUCUGUACCAGUGUCUGUACCAAUAUCUGUACCAGUGACUGUACCAGUGACUGUACCAGUGACUGUACCAAUAUCUGUACCAGUGACUGUACCAGUGACUGUACCAGUGUCUGUACCAGUGUGUGUACUAGUGACUUUACCAGUAUCUGUACCAUUGUCUGUACCAGUAUCUGUACCAGUGACUGUACCAGUGACUGUACCAGUAUCUGUACCAGUGACUGUACCAGUGUCUGUACCAGUGUGUGUACCAUUAUUUGUACCAGUGUCUGUACCAGUAUCUGUACCAGUGACUGUACCAGUAUCUGUACCAGUGUCUGUAUCAGCGACUGUACCAGUGUGUGUACCAGUAUCUGUACCAGUAUCUGUACCAGUGACUGUACCAGUAUCCGUACCAGUGUCUGUACCAGCGACUGUACCAGUGUGUGUACCAGUAUCUGUACCAGUGUCUGUACCAGUAUCUGUACCAGUGACUGUACCAGUGUCUGUAUCAGCGAAUGUACCAGGGUGUGUACCAGUAUCUGUACCAGUAUCUGUACCAGUGACUGUACCAUUAUCUGUACCAGUGUCUGUAUCAGCGACUAUGACUGUACCAUUAUCUGUACCAGUGUCUGUACCAGUAUCUGUACCAGUGACUGUACCAGUAUCUGUACCAGAGUCUGUAUCAGCGACUGUACCAGUGUGUGUACCAGUAUCUGUACCAGUAUCUGUACCAGUGACUGUACCAGUAUCCGUACCAGUGUCUGUACCAGCGAAUGUACCAGUGUGUGUACCAGUAUCUGUACCAGUAUCUGUACCAGUAUCUGUACCAGUGACUGUACCAGUAUCUGUACCAGUGUCUGUAUCAGCGACUGUACCAGUAUCUGUACCAGUAUCUGUACCAGUAUCUGUACCAGUAUCUGUACCAGUGACUGUACCAGUAUCUGUACCAGUAUCUGUACCAGUGACUGUACCAGUAUCUGUACCAGUGACUGUACCAGUAUCUGUACCAGUAUCUGUACCAGUGACUGUACCAGUAUCUGUACCAGUAUCUGUACCAGUGACUGUACCAGUAUCCGUACCAGUGUCUGUACCAGCGACUGUACCAGUGUCUGUACCAGUAUCUGUACCAGUAUCUGUACCAGUGACUGUACCAGUGACUGUACCAGCGACUGUACCAGUGACUGUACCAGUGACUGUACCAGUGACUGUACCAGUGUCUGUAUCAGUGACUGUACCAGUGACUGACCCAGUGACUGUACCAGUGUCUGUACCAGUAUCUGUACCAGUAUCUGUACCAGUGACUGUACCAGUGACUGUACCAGUAUCUGUACCAGUAUCUGUACCAGUAUCUUUACCAGUGACUGUACCAGUGACUGUACCAGUGACUGUACCAAUAUCUGUACCAGUGACUGUACCAGUGACUGACCCAGUGACUGUACCAGUGACUGUACCAGUGACUGUACCAGUGUCUGUACCAGUGUCUGUACCAGUGACUGUACCAGUAUCUGUACCAGUGACUGUACCAGUGUGUGUACCAGUGACUGUACCAGUGUGUGUACCAGUGUGUGUACCAGUAUCUGUACCAGUGUGUGUACCAGUAUCUGUACCAGUGACUGUACCAGUAUCUGUACCAGUGACUGUACCAGUGUCUGUACCAGUGUGUGUACCAAUAUCUGUACCAGUGUCUGUACCAGUGUCUGUACCAGUGUGUGUACCAGUGUGUGUACCAGUAUCUGUACCAGUGUGUGUACCAGUAUCUGUACCAGUGACUGUACCAGUAUCAUUACCAGUGACUGUACCAGUGUCUGUACCAGUGUCUGUACCAAUAUCUGUACCAGUGUCUGUACCAGUGUCUGUACCAGUGUCUGUACCAGUGUGUGUACCAGUAUCUGUACCAGUGUCUGUAUCAGCGACUGUACCAGGGUGUGUACCAGUAUCUGUACCAGUAUCUGUACCAGUGACUGUACCAGUGACUGUACCAGUGUCUGUACCAGUGAUUGUACCAGUAUCUGUACCAGUGACUGACCCAGUGACUGUACCAGGGUGUGUACCAUUAUCUGUACCAGUAUCUGUACCAGUAUCUGUACCACUGACUGUACCAGUAUCUGUACCAGUAUCUGUACCAGUGACUGUACCAGUAUCUGUACCAGUAUCUGUACCAGUGACUGUAUCUGUAUCUGUACCAGUGUUUGUACCAGCGACUGUACCAGGGUGUGUACCAGUAUCUGUACCAGUGACUGUACCUGUGACUGUACCAGUGACUGACCCAGUGACUGUACCAGUGUCUGUACCAGUAUCUGUACCAGUAUCUGUACCAGUGACUGUACCAGUGACUGUACCAGUAUCUGUACCAGUAUCUUUACCAGUGACUGUACCAGUGACUGUACCAGUGACUGUACCAGUGACUGACCCAGUGACUGUACCAGUGACUGUACCAGUGACUGUACCAGUAUCUGUACCAGUAUCUGUACCAGUGACUGUACCAGUGACUGUACCAGUGACUGUACCAGUGUCUGUACCAGAGUCUGUACCAGUGACUGUACCAGUAUCUGUACCAGUGACUGUACAAGACAUUGCAGAUAUGUAUCCGUACGCUACCCCUUAUCCGAGAACACAAUUGUAUAAUGUAAAGCGUUGCACCCAGGAAGGUGCACCGGUGGGUGGGUGCACCGAUGCACCCACCCACCCCACACCGGGAACCAUUCACAUCAGUAGAGUUAGCCAAGGUCCCAGCAUUGUAGCCUAUACAAAUGCCACGAGUGUGAUGAUGAGUGGAGUGGUGGAAGAUUUAUGGAUGCGUUAUCCUUACACUUGCAUUCAUCGUGCCAAGUCACCCAACAAAAAUCGUGCAGAGCGAAGAGAUCGUGGCAUACCUGGGGAGGUUGCGCAUGGGGAACCUCCUAAAUUUAGCAGUGGAAUAGACGAUGAUCCUUAUCUACCACACCUCAUUGGAUUAAUAACGCAACACACUUUUGGGAAAUCAUCUAAACCACUAAACAUGACGAUGAAGAAAAUCAAGGAAGCGUAUAAUGAAGACCCCCACAACUAUAAAGGAUCAUCCUAA